GAUAAUCCAGCCAUAGUUCCGUGGAGAACGCUUUUCCCGUCAGGAUACGUCCGACUCAUGAAGAAUAAGUGGUACCUCGUGUUCUUGCAUCCGAUUCAUUUCAAGAGCAAGAUGCUUUUCCUUCGAUGAAGAAAAAGCGAUCGACGAUAAAUUUCGUCGACGUUUAGUUUAUUCGAUGUUAUUGUCGACAUAGUGGUGGGGAGACUUGAGUGGGGGACUUGUAGGGUUUAUAUAGACUUUGCGAACAGAGUUUAUUGGUUUUUCUUCGAAGAAACGUCCCGAUGGAAACUAAAAUUGCAAGAUUUUUCAGUGUUCUUCUGCUCGCCUGCUUCUUAUCGCGAAUGGCGGCAUUUAAUCCUGCAAGUUUUGAACGAAAAUUAAUUGCCUUAGAUAAGGUUCUCACUUACAUUAAUGAUAGACCACAUCAGAUGAACGUGGAUACCACUUAUAGCAUUACCUUAAGCGAAGUUAACUUGUUGGCGGCACUUUUGCACGAGAACGUACAAUAUUUGGAAAGUAGAUUCUUCGUCGCUCUCAAAGAAAUGGUUGCGUUAUCCGAUUUGACCCGAAAAAAUUUGAUGAAUAACGUUGUCCCGGCGAGCGAGAUCGAACUUUCGCUUCAAUCGACUUUAAACAAUAUUACUCUGUGGACAAAACCUAUUUGGUGGACAAGGCUCUUUCCAAAAAGUAGACCCGUUCCCAGUCAAGGAUUAAACUAUUCAAAAGUUGUUAAAUCGAUUCAACAUGGAUGGCCCAAUGAAACAGAAAGUGAUAAAUGUUUGUUCAAAAUUAUACAUAGCGCUUUAAACGAGGAAUGUCACAUUCCUCAGAUUUGCGCCGAAGCAUUGUUAAGGGAUGAUGACGUUGCGGGAUAUCCUCUCACACAUAGAUUGCUCAUAAUUCAAAUCGCUAAAAAAUUUGGGUGUCGAGAAACUGUAUCGUUGCCAUUUUCAUACUUGGUACCUGCAUUUUGCGCCAGAAUUUUUCAGGAUCUCGUUAAUCUUGAAGCGUGGAAUUUUCCAAAUAUCGGAAGAGAUCUCAUGAUUGAACAAAUUCUUCUGUGCGGUAUGGAAGGCUAUUAUGAAUUUCUCGAUAAGCACUAUGAAGAUUUGAUAUUAAGCUGGCCUCAUCAGAGCGGUUGCUUUAACUUAGAAGGAUUUCCUGAGCUCAAGAGAAUCCGGCGAUCCUCAUCAUCAACAGAUUUUGGAUGUCACAAUCAUAUAACAGGUCUUGCUGCUGCGACUCUUUCCUUAUACAUCCGAGAAAAUAUAGAAAAUGAACUAGGUUGAUCUUAAAUAUUUUUCUAUUUUUAAAAAGUUUUUUCUUUAUUAAAUACUUAUUUCCUUUCUGUUAUCGCAAAUCUGAUUUAAAAAAAUUUUUUUAAGAUAGGAAGAAUACACAUAUAUGAGAUCGCUUGAUUUCGUAAAUAAUAAUUAGAAAUAUUCAAUUCGUUUUAUUUUUUCAAAUAAAACAUGCAAAAAUGUAUUUUGUUAUUAGGAAGAAUUAUUUGGAAAAGUGUACAACUAUCAUAGGAUUGUAAUAUAUGAUACACUGAGUUGAAAAGGAAAUAAUCUAUAUUUGUGAUAAAUAAUAUUAUAAGAAAAGUUUUAAAUAUUAUAUAUGGCACUGUUAUAUAAAAGGAAAGAACUGGAAUAAAAGAUAAAAGUAAAUUAUAGAUUCAUUCUUUUUUUAUAAUGAUGU